GGUAGGGAAGAUUGGAGGGAUAUGGAUUUAGGAAUUGAAUGGGGCAGUAGUAGGGCAGCAGCAUGGGGAAUAAGCAGAAAGGGAGUGAUAGAAGGAGCAAAGGAAGAACUGGAAAUCCUGGAAAUGCAGCACCCCAACAACUUCCACACUCUAAAGCUUGAGCUCAGAGCGUUCAUCUCUGACCUUCAUCAUCACUCCCACAACAACGCUGCCAUCUCCACCGCCACUCAAGAGUCUUCAUCGAGCAGGAAGCUGAAGAGGAACAGCGACGGUAGCGGCGGUGGAAUGAUGAAGAGGAGGAGGCGCAGGACUGAUGCAGUACUGGAGAGGGCGCAGCAAUGUCUUCAUAAAAUUCAACACCUGAAAACCAGCUUAUGUUAGUAGUUGUACACCUGAAAACCAGCUUAUGUUAGUAGUUGUAAUAUGGCAAUUGAUCUCUACUGUAACCAAAGAAAAAAAAAAGUGUUUGACGACGCCUUCAAUUUUGCAUUUAAA